CUUAGCCCCGGCCACCCUUCCUUGAUUUCCGAUCUAAAGGUCGGACGAACUUAGAAGUUAGAAUUCAUUGAACUGAUUAAAUGGCUCCUAGAAUUUCACUGUUGGUGCUCAUGGUGACAUUGCUGAUCGUUGGUUCUUCAGCUUGCUUUGUAGAAGAGGUGAAGUCGCUUGGAUUCACUUACUCGGGUACAACUGGACCUCAGAGAUGGGGAAGAUUGGGUCCAUAUUUCUCAGCAUGUAAUGGAAAGAGGCAGUCUCCAUUGAACCUUGUCAAGGACAAGUUUGUUCUUAUGAGGAAUUUCAAGCCAUUAAACCGAAACUACCUUGCGUUGAAUGCCACAUUAUACAACAAUAACUUUAACAUUGGGGUGCAUUUCGAUGGACAAAUUGCCGGAACAUUUGUCAUAGAUGGUAAGAACUACAACCUGAAGCAGCUGCACUGGCAUACUCCCUCUGAACAUCGUAUUAAUGGAGUCCAAUUUCCAGCGGAGCUUCAUUUAGUUCACCUGGCAGAUGACAAUAGCAUCGCAGUUGUUGCAGUUCUUUUCCAAUAUGGCAAAGAAGAUGUCUUCAUCUCUCAGAUCAAGGAUAAGCUGGCAGAGUUGAACGAGGAGGUAUGUAGAAGAGAUAAGGAUGCUCAUGUCCCCCUCGGACAUAUAGACAUGAAGGAGUUUGAUAAAAGAACACGCAAAUAUUGGAGAUAUGCUGGCUCUCUCUCUUCUCCUCCAUGUACUGAGAAUGUCAUCUGGAAUAUCCUUGGAAAGGUGAGGUACAUUUCCAAGGCUCAGGUAGAGGCUAUAAGAGCACCACUGGGAGUGGAUUACAAGAACAACGCGAGACCACUGCAGCCUCUUAAUGGACGCAAAAUUGAGCUCUUCGAGGAGCUUAGCUAGAAAAGAAGUAUAAGUACUGAUAGAG